CCGGAAUCCUGUGUGGGAUCCAACAAAGCGGGUCAACAGCGGGACGGAAGCGGUCUCGAGCGAUUGCUUUCCCAUGGAUCCAUCGCUGCAGCGCACCUUUCGCGGCCACAAGUCGGGGGUGGAGUGCCUUUCGUACAGUCCCAACAUGCGGCAGUUGGCGUCAGGGUCGUUGGACUGCACGGUGAUGAUCUGGAACUUCAAACCCCAAAUGCGCGCGUUUCGGUUCCUGGGGCACAAGGGACCGGUGUUUGACGUCCAGUUCGCGCCAUCGGGGGAUCUUCUAGCGUCAGCGUCACAGGACCGUUCCGUGCGGCUGUGGAUCCCGUCCGUGAAGGGAGAGUCACACAUGAUCAAGGGCCAUGCCGGUGGGGUGCGGAGUGUCGACUUCUCGUACGACUCGGCCGAGCUGCUCACGGCGUCCGACGACAAGUCAAUCAAACUGUGGAGUCUGCCCACGAGGCGCUUUGUGUGCUCGUGGAACGGCCACAGCAACUGGGUGCGGUCUGCGCGAUUCAGUCCCGACGCCCGCGUGUUGGUAUCUGGCAGCGACGACAAGACCGUCAAGGUAUGGGACAAGGCGACACGCAACUGCCUCGCCACGUUCUUUGACCACAGCGGCAUCAUCAACGCCGUGCGCUUUCAUCCUGACGGCAACACCGUGGGUGCAUGUAGCUUUGACCACACGUUCAACCUGUGGGACAUCCGGUCGCACAAACUCAUCCAGCACUACCCCGCGCACGACGGCAGCGUCACAUCGAUCGACUUUCACCCGUCCGGCUACUACAUCGUGUCCACAUCCACAGACGGCACCAUUAAGCUAUGGGACAUCCGGGAAGGCCACCUCCUGUACACCAUGCACGGCCACAACGGCGCGGUCAACUGCGCGACGUUCUCGGCCGACUCGAAGCUCACGGCGACAGGGUCGGUGGAUGCGCUCGUGAUGCUGUGGGACACUGACUUGGACACAUGUUUGCAUGCAAACGACACGCACUUUCCCACGGCGUUGCCCAAAUCCAAAGUGUUCAAGCAUCACUCUCCUAGUCGUCAACCUCCGUCGUCGCCCAGGUCCCCUGCGUCCCCCCCGCCUCUGCCACCCCAUCAUGCGAUUCCACACGCUUCCUCUCAACCCCCCACCACAUCCACUAGACCUACUAGUACGAGUACUACUAGUACUACUACACCUACUUCCUCGCAGACCAGACAAGGGCACCGCCGGUCGCCGAGCCAGGACUACUUGAAUCCGUCGGCGAUUGUCCACACUAUGGCUUCAUCCCAACAUGAAUUCGCCGAUGGUGCAUAUGGCCACGACGAGAAUGACGAGCUCGACAUUCAAGAUGUGCAUGCGUCCGCGUCGUCGUUGCCCCAAGUGCCGUCGCCGCCUCGGGUGAUGCCGCUUCCAUCGGCGUCCGCUUCCCCUCCUCCACGACGGAGUUCGACGUCCUCGUCAUCCCUGCACCGACGGGAGGCAGACGAAAACUCACCAGACCACCACCACCUCACGGCAACGUUUGACCACAUUGUGGGCCAACUGGAGAUCAUCACUCGGACUUUGGGGAUAUUAGAAGAACGCUUGUGCCAUGUCGAAGACCGCGUGUCUGACGUGACGAGGGUGCAGAGCCAAGUGCUGCGAACUGUCAACAUGCAGCAGCAGGCGCCUCCCUCGGGCGAUUCGACGUUGCAUCCGCAUGUCGAAUAAGCAACAAUGAAGUACCACAGUACUGUAGUUGUACUAGUACACGGACUAUCCAUGCCAUUAUAGCAGUGCGUUUAUUAGCGAGUGAAGGCAAGUAUGUAGUAUAUAUUAAUAGUUGGGCGUUGUACUACAAUACUAGUAUUACACUUCCUCCUACUUAGUAGUACUACUACUAGUAAUGCAGCCAACUCC